CGUAACUUCCGGCUGGUUUUCUGUGGGCGGGGUUCGCGCUGUGUGUGAACUCGAGUGGAAAUGGCUUGCGCCGCUGCACGGUCUCCGGCAGACCAAGACAGGUUUAUUUGUAUAUAUCCUGCUUACUUAAAUAACAAGAAGACCAUCGCGGAGGGAAGGAGGAUCCCCAUAAGUAAGGCUGUUGAAAAUCCUACAGCUACAGAGAUUCAAGAUGUAUGCUCAGCAGUUGGACUUAAUGUGUUUGUUGAGAAAAAUAAAAUGUACUCUAGAGAAUGGAAUCGUGAUGCUCAAUACAGAGGCAGAGUCCGGGUCCAGCUCAGACAGGAAGACGGCAGCCUCUGUCUUGUACAGUUCCCAUCACGUUAAAAACCUCUGAGAAUGUGAUGAAACUUUUUCUGAGCAUUUUAUAAACUUCUGAAAGACCAUCACUGCUCCCAGGUUAAAAGUAUAAAAGUUAAUAAAUGGAUAAUGUUAGUAGUUAUUCCAGAUCUUAUUUCUCUCAUUAAUAAAUCUAAAGAGCAAGAUUGAGUGAACAAAGAGAUAUUCAUAGUAUGGCAUCACUCAGGUAAAUUUAAAGAUAAAAUAUUGCAGUUUAUUGAAGAUGAAUAUGUAUGUUGCUUGUAGAAAUGUUUUUACAAUACACUGGAGGGACUGGGUUGUGGCUCAAAGGUAGAGUGCUUGCCUGGCAUGUGUGAGGCACUAGAUUCAAUUCUCAGCACCACAUAAAAAUAAAUAAACAAAUAAAGGUCCAUUGACAGCUAAAAAAAUGUAUUAAAAAAUGUACUGGAAAGAGCCCACGUUUAAAACUGUGAGCAGUGGGAGUCGGGAGUGGAGACCUCAAGGGACUAUUAGCAUCAUGUCCAAUACUUUAUUUUUUGAAAAACAAAACAAAACAAACUAGACACCAGUAUAACAAAAUAUUAGUUCUAGGUAUUGGUAAGGUAAGUGUUUAUAUGUUAUUUAUUUUUUUGAAAUUUUUUUAGUUUUAAAACAUACAUUUUAAUUUGAAGAAACAGCUGUUUAUUUUUUUUUCCUUCAGUUUAAUUAAACUGUUUAAUUCAACUAAAUACACUUUGGCAGGCAAAUUGACAGUGUGAUUGUUUUUAGUCAAAUUCAGAUAGAUUAGUUCUCAUAAACCAAAUUCUGUCAAGAUUGGUAGGUAUUGCUACAUAUUUAAGAUUCUGACUCAAAUGUGACAGAUAAUACAUUCUGAUGUAUUAUUUUCUUCUCUGUGACAUUUUCUUAUACUGUCUCAAAAGACCAAAAGCAAAAAUAGUUUUUGAUUUGAAAAUGGAGGUAAAAGUUGUGAUUGAGAAAAAGGUUGCUUGUGGUUUCUAAUUAGAAAAUAGUAAGUCACUAAAAAGAGCAAAACUGAGGAGCUUGGUUUUUUGGAGUAGGGAAAGUACCUGGUUGGAGUGGGCAUAGCAGUGGUGCAUUUAUGCAUACAUCGUCUGGGCAUGUGAGGAAGAUCUGUUCAGCUUAAUAACAUUUGGUUUUUUGUUAAAAGGCUGAGAGACCCUGUGUCUUUAGAAGCUUAGGUUACAAUGGUAGUCUGACUCUUGUCUCCAGUUUGUUAUAUUUACAUAUAUUCUUCAUUGAUCUUUCAGCCAAUUACUAGAACCAAGACCAUAAUUUUUUUGU